AUGAAAACGAAGACUUAAAGCAGCUUGCAGAAAAUGAAAUAGCCUUGUAUCAAAAACAAAUAGCCCAGCUGAAGCAUCAGAUCAUCUUACUUUUGGUUCCCUCAGAAGAACCAGAUGAAGGGGAUUUGAUCCUGGAGGUCUCUGCAGGAGUCGGAGGCCAGGAGGCAAUGCUGUUUACAUCCGAGGUGUUUGACAUGUAUCAGCAGUAUGCAGCCUUUAAAAAAUGGCACUUUGAGAUCCUGGACUAUUUCCCAAGUGAAAUAGGUGGUCUUAGGCAUGCUUCUGCCAGCAUUGGGGGCUUAGAAGCAUAUAAGCACAUGAAAUUUGAAGGAGGAGUACACAGGGUACAAAGAGUGCCAAAGACAGAGAAGCAAGGCCGCAUGCACACCAGCACCAUGACCGUGGCCAUAUUACCUCAACCCACUGAGAUUAACCUGGUGAUUAACCCUAAAGACUUGAGAAUUGACACUAAGCGAGCAAGUGGAGCCGGGGGCCAGCAUGUCAACACCACGGACAGUGCAGUCCGCAUAGUGCAUCUCCCAACAGGUGUUUUUUCUGAAUGCCAACAAGAGAGGUCACAACUAAAAAAUAAAGAAGUGGCUAUGAAAAAACUACGUGCAAAACUAUAUAGCAUGCGUCUGGAGGAAGAAACAAGUAAAAGAUCCAACUCUAGAAAGAUCCAGGUUGGAACUAGAGGAAGGUCAGAAAAAAUAAGAACAUACAAUUUUCCACAGAACCGGGUCACAGAUCACAGAAUCAACAAAUCGCUGUAUGAUCUUGAAACCUUCAUGCAAGGUGACUCUCUUCUGGAUGAACUUAUACAGUCACUGAAGGACUAUGCUGACUAUGAAUCUUUAGUAGAAGUUAUUUCCAGAAAAGACUGAUGUGUUAGUAACCUUUCUCUGCACAGGCUGGGGACAUGCUACAGCACAUCACAUGUGUGUAUGUAUUUGCCAGUGUUCUCUUGAACAUAGGUUAUCACAGCUGCAAGUGAUAAGCUUACACUAAAGACAGGUUACUGAUGGAGACACUAGUAAAGGACACCGUAAAAUUAUGA